UAUUGUCUCGAAUCAUUUUAUCCAAACAGGAAAACUGAAUAUAUUUGCUGCUGACAUUGCUUUGGAGCCAUGAAAUGUUAGGACACUAACAAGGAAGAAAUGAGCUCGAAGCUCUUGACCAUUUCGCCUCACUUCCCCGUUCUCAACACCGCCACAACACUAUCAUCGUCAACUCCUUCUAAACCAGAGCUCUCCUUCCCUCCUCAUCAUCGUAACUUUCACAGCCUUUCGGAAAGAACCCACAUUCCUUCUCAUGUCUACAAGCACCCUACGGCGAUUCUUCUCGAGCUCUGCACCUCCAUGAAAGAGCUCCACCAAAUCCUCCCUCUCAUCAUCAAGAACGGACUCUAUUCUGAGCUCUUGUUCCAGACCAAGCUUGUUAGUCUGUUCUGUAAAUACGGAAGCCCAAGUGAGUCAGCUCGGGUUUUCCACUCCAUUGAAGAUAAGCUUGAUGUGUUCUACCACACAUUGUUAAAAGGGUACGCAAAAAACUCGUCUCUGGAAGAUGCUUUUUCGUUCUUUGUGAGGAUGAGGUAUGAUGAUGUCAGGCCUGUUGUAUAUAAUUUUACUUAUUUGAUGAAAGCUUUAGGUGAUAAUUCGGACCUUAAGAGGGGAAAAGAGAUUCAUGGACAGUUGAUAAAACAUGGGUUUGGAUCGAAUUUAUUUGCAAUGACUUCUGUUGUUAAUAUGUAUGCGAAGUGUAGGGAGAUUGGCGAAGCGUAUAAGAUGUUUGAUAGAAUGCCUGAAAGGGAUUUGGUGUCUUGGAAUACUAUUAUUGCAGGAUAUGCACAAAAUGGAUAUGCCAUGAUGGCAUUGGAUUUGGUUUUAAGAAUGCAGAAUGAACUCCAGAAGCCAGAUUCAAUCACAUUGGUAACUGUUUUGCCUGCUGUAGCUGAUAUGAUGUCUUUGAAGAUUGGGAAGUCAGUUCAUGGGUAUGUUGUAAGAGCUGGAUUUGAUUCUUUGGUGAAUAUUUCAACUGCUUUGGUAGACAUGUAUUCUAAAUGCCGGUCUCUUGGAACUGCUCGGUUGAUUUUUGAUCGGAUGGAUAAUAAGACUGUUGUUUCAUGGAAUUCCAUGAUUGAUGGGUAUGUACAAAGUGAACAACCUAAGGAGGCAAUGGCAAUUUUUCGGAAUAUGUUGGACAAAGGAUUUGAACCAACCAAUGUAACUAUAAUGGAGGCCUUACAUGCUUGUGCUGAUUUGGGUGAUCUUGAGCAGGGGAAGUUCGUGCACAAGUUAUUGGAUAAAUUGAAACUUGGGUAUGAUGUUUCAGUUAUGAACUCCUUAAUAUCCAUGUAUUCCAAAUGCAAGAAAGUAGAUAUUGCUGCAAAGUUAUUUGAAAACUUGCGGGAUAAAACUCGUGUCACAUGGAACGCAAUGAUAUUAGGUUAUGCUCAGAAUGGGUGUAUAAAUGAAGCUUUGAGUUGCUUUUCUGAGAUGCAAUCUCAAAAUAUAAAACUGGACUCUUUUACCAUGGUGAGUGUUAUUACCGCUCUUGCAGAAUUAUCAGUUACACGCCAGGCCAAGUGGAUUCACGGACUUGUUAUACGAACUUGUUUGGACAAAAACGUUUUUGUAAUGACUGCUCUUGUUGAUAUGUAUGCAAAAUGUGGAGCCAUCCAUACUGCAAGACAACUUUUUGACAUGAUGGAUGAGCGUCAUGUUACAACAUGGAAUGCCAUGAUAGAUGGAUAUGGAACACAUGGGCUUGGAAAAGCUUCUGUAGAUCUGUUCAAUGAGAUGCAAAAGGGAACGAUCAAGCCAAAUGACAUAACAUUUCUCUGUGUUAUAUCUGCUUGUAGCCACUCUGGUUUGGUAAAAGAGGGCCUUCAGUACUUCGAAAGCAUGAAGAAAGAUUAUGGUUUAGACCCUGCGAUGGAUCAUUAUGGAGCCAUGGUUGAUCUUCUUGGUCGAGCUGGAAAGCUUAAUGAUGCUUGGGACUUUAUUCAAAAGAUGCCCACUGAGCCUGGGAUUUCCGUGUUCGGUGCAAUGUUGGGUGCUUGCAGAAUUCAUAAAAAUGUUGAGUUGGGGGAAAAGGCAGCAAAGAAAAUAUUUGAGUUAAACCCAGAAGAAGGUGGCUACCAUGUCUUGCUUUCUAAUAUUUAUGCCACAGCUUCAAUGUGGGACAAAAUGGCCAAAGUGCGAACAGUGAUGGAGAAGAAAGGGCUGCAGAAAACUCCUGGCUGCAGUCUGGUAGAUUUAAGAAAUGAGGUUCACAGCUUCUAUUCUGGAAGUACAAGCCAUCCACAAUCCAAACAAAUUUAUGCCUUUCUCCAAACUUUAGGAGAUAAGAUCAAGGCUGCUGGAUAUGUGCCCGACACUAAUUCGAUUCAUGAUGUUGAAGAUGAUGUCAAGGAGCAGUUGCUGAAUAGCCAUAGUGAAAAGCUCGCUAUUGCAUUUGGACUCUUGAACACCAGACCUGGAACAACUAUUCACAUACGCAAGAACCUUCGAGUUUGUGGGGAUUGCCAUAAUGCAACCAAGUAUAUUUCACUCGUAACUGGACGGGAAAUUAUAGUGCGUGACAUGCACAGGUUCCACCAUUUCAAGAAUGGAACAUGUUCUUGUGGAGACUAUUGGUGAAUUUGUGUUUCCAAGAUUUGCAUGCCUUUAGAGGAUGGAAUUAAGCUAUGGUAGAGAAAAUUAGGAGGUUUGUUAUUUGAUACUGAGAGUCUGUGAAGUUCCAAGACUAUAAAAUCUGUUGCCGCUAGUCUGGAAGCUGUACCGGACCAAGAGCAACAAAAGGAUUUAUAAGGCUUUCUUCACAUGUAUAUUAGCCUGCAAUUUUGUGAAUUGGAUAAGAAAAAAUAUCUCCUAAAUUUGGUGUAUUUUUUCUUCACAACUUUGCGCCCACUGUUUAAUAAGGAUGAGGGUAAAUGUGCUUAUGCUAUUAUUUUUGUGUAA